AUGGGACCCGGAGCUAUCAACUACCCCAGUCGCAGGCCACUCCCUCCUCGCCACGUCCAGUCCCCGGAGCUCCCCGAAGGGGGUUCUGUCAAGGACAAGAUCGGGAAGUUUAGCGCCUAUUCGCAGCCGGCCGGUGUGCGAGAUGUAUCGAGACAUGCUCCUGAGAGCGUAGGAGUGAUCAGGUCACGCACUCCACAGCAGAUCGCUGCCCAGCUGGCCGCAGGAAGAUCCACCCCGGGCGAGAAAAUAGCCACAAAUCCUGGCAUCAGCAGGGUGCAAGGACCGCAGAGGACGAUGCCCUCCAAGCCCAGCGAUGACAAUGACCGACCGCAGUUGCUAGCGCCAAAGCCGGUCUGGGCCACGGCUGCCAGCACCGCUUCAUUUGACAGGCUUCUACAGAGCGAGCCAGAAUUACCCCUUAGAGCAAAGUCGACGCAACGGAAACCAGUAACGCAGAUAUCGCCCGCGGACGCGGCGAGACUGGCGGCCUCGAAGCCUCGACCUCCACCAGUGCCUCAGAAACCACCUCUGCUAGGCAGUGGCCUAGUCGCCACGGCUAGAAAUGUACCUUCAGAUAGGAUAGAGGAUCACGAGCACAUCCAAGGUCCCCAUCCCUCACUUCCGCCCAAAGGCUCCAUCCAUUCCGAGACACCGCCAGUGCUCCCACCCAGGUCGGGUGGCUCGUCCGUGCCUCGCACAGAGCCGGCAAAUCAUCAACCUUCUUUCGAAGCCACUAGGUCCCGGGUGCGACCAUCCACACCCGGCACUGCAUCCCUGUAUACCCCCUCGAUGAGCAAUAGCACUACGAGCUUGCUUGACGGCGGGUCCGAGGGAGCACUUUCGGAUGCGAUUGUCGCCUCAUCAUUGGCAUCGGUCCGGGCCUCGCAGGAGCAGAAAGUCGCUCCACCGCCACCCCCGCGGCGUCGCGCAAGGUCUCAUUCGAUGAAGCGCUUCUCGCGCGCAGCCAAACAAGAGCAUUCCGAUUCGCCCAGUCCUUCCACCCAUCUACGGCAGACUCUCCGAGAACCCCCCAAGACGGAUGACGAGGAAGGAUACCAGAGACACAAGCAUCUGGUCCGCAAACAUCAACACAAGCACCAUGAAGGCGACCGGAAGAGAUGGCGCAGCGAGAUCACGGAGAAGGAGCGAAAGCGGUACGAGGGUGUGUGGGCUGCCAACAAGGGACUGCUGCUCCCCCCCGCGCACCUGCGGCCGCCCGAAGCGUAUCCCCCCGAUGCCCCAGACAUGGUGGUCAAUCUGGUGGCGCGGGACAUCUGGUCUCGCAGUCAGCUCCCGCUCCAUGUCCUGGCGCAGAUCUGGGAACUGGUGGAUGGGCAGCACAUCGGUCUUCUGACGCGAGAAGAAUUCGUGGUGGGGAUGUGGUUGAUUGACCAGCAGUUGAAAGGGCACAAGUUACCGGUGAGGGUUUCCAGCAGCGUGUGGGGGAGCGUCAGGCGGAUUUCAGGAGUGCAAAUCCAUACGCUCCCUCCUGCCUGA